AUUGUAUUUUUAUUCUUAUUUUUCGAUAGAUCAGUUCGACCUUAAAGAUGGGAAUUAAAUACGUGUUAUUAGUAAGUCGACAAGGGAAAGUACGUCUUGCAAAGUGGUUUAAUACUCUCUCACCAAAAGAAAAGCAAAAAAUCAUUAAAGAAGUUACACAAAUGGUACUUUCAAGACGUACAAAAAUGUGUAAUUUUUUAGAAUAUAAAGAUGAAAAAAUUGUAUAUCGAAGAUAUGCAAGUUUAUUUUUCGUUACGGGUAUUUCGGCCACCGAUAAUGAACUUAUAACACUUGAGAUUAUUCAUCGUUAUGUUGAAAUCCUAGAUCGAUAUUUUGGAAAUGUUUGUGAACUUGAUUUGAUUUUUAAUUUCCAAAAGGCAUAUUUUGUUUUGGAUGAAUUGAUUAUUGCAGGAGAAAUGCAAGAAUCCAGCAAAAAAUCUGUAUUAAAAGUUGUCAGUCAACAAGAUCAGCUUGAAGAGGGAGAGAAUAGUGAAAAGGGAUGGCCAGAAAAGUAAUUUAAUAAUUUCUCGUUAAAGAAACAAACUUAAUGCAUACUAGUUAAUAUUUAUUAUUAUUAGAUGAUUGAUUUAUUUUAACUGGGCUACUAAUAGCUUUAGAUAUAUAUAUUUUUUAAUUAAUUUUUUUUUUGUAAUUUAUUUUCCUUCUAUUAAAGAAAAAUAUUAUCACAUUAUCACUUUUGCUAUGUUUAUCGUUAUAUGAAGGGAAGAUUCUCACAUACGUUUCACACGCAUUUUACCAGUUUCGUCAUAACAGAGAUACCAAAAAUGGAUUAAGUAUUAGAGGUACUAUUGCCCUACAAAUUGAUUUUCUAACACGCGUUGAUGCUUAUCACAAGAGUCACGCGAACAUUUACUAAUAGUGAUCUUUUUCCUUUAAUCUAUCCAUAAGCCACAAAAACAAAAAGCCCCAAACAAAAUAAAAAAAAAAAAAAUGAAAAUUUCCGUUUGUAAUAUAUACGCA